CGCGCGGAGGAGCAGCGCUUAGAACCGCACAUCUAGGAGACCGCUUCACGUGUAGCUACAACGACAACGAGAGGUCUGUGCGAAUACAGUCCACCUACAAUCUUACGGAGCAACGAUGCACCUUUACGCAGACUGCAUUUGGCGCUCGGUGAGGAGCACGGUGAAGCGAGCGCGCAGCACGCACUGCUGAGAUGAUGAACGAAGCUAUGAGAGGUUACGAGGAGAAAGGGACAGCGGUAAGCUCGAGCUGGAAGAGCACACAUUAUGCUGUGAGCUGCCAAAUGGAUGCUGUUGGGAAAUGACGGGGUUUGAGCUCCAGAGCUGUGUGUAGGAAUACAGUGGAGCGUUGAGGACUGUUCCCCAAUGGAAUGCAGAAAAGACAGCGCAACUGCCGCAGUGAAUGAAGUUGGUUGGUUGAUCCAUUCAUUAACGCAUGAUACUAACAGUAUACUUAACCAAAAGAGAUAACGAAAUGCAUCAGAAGAGAGAAGAUCUGUAAACAAACUCUUAUUUAUGUGAACAUCCGCGAAGUGCGUUCUCGUCUGCGGGGGAGAUUUCAGCCCAAAAGGCGCACGCUCAUAACUCACGUUAUUGUUUUGAUCUGUUGAGCAGUUUUCCAAGUGUCUCCGUGAUCCCUGGUGUUCGUCAGCGGUCCUGAUCGGCGCGGGAUGGUGGAAACGCUGAGCAUCGCCGUCAUCGGAGCGCCUGGAGUCGGGAAAACUUCCAUCAUCCGUCAGUUUAUUUACAAUGACUUCUCCGAGACUUACACCCCCACCCAAACGCGAUACGUCUACAGACCCUCGGCCAUUCUUAACGGUGUCAUGUACGACCUGAAGAUUUUGGAUGUGCCGCCAAUUUCCUCCUUUCCUUCAAGCCCGAGUCAGGAGUGGCUGGAUACACGGUGUAGAGGGGUCCGCAGCGCAAACGCCUACAUUCUGGUCUAUGACAUCUGCUGUGUGGAGAGCUUUGAGUAUGUCAAGAUGAUCCGACAGCAAAUUGUGGAUAACAGAGUGGGCAGCAGUACUGAGGUGCCCAUCCUGGUGGUGGGCAGUAAGCGGGACCUUCAGCGGCAUCGGUUCACCCAGCGCAGGGCUGUGUCUGUCCUGGUGAAGAAAACCUGGAAGUGUGGCUAUGUUGAGUGCUCUGCUAAGUACAACUGGCAUGUGCUUCUGCUCUUUAAAGAGCUCCUGGGAAUAGCCGUGGCACGAGGAUUGCGUCCAAACCACACCUCUAUCCGACUCCAAGGGGCAUUGCAGAGGAACCGCUGUAAUGUCAUGUGAGAGAUAUGUAGCCUUUUUUGAAUUUAUGCUUAUUUAGGACCAGUUUGUUUUAUCAGUGUCUUAAUUAUCUGAUUUUAACUGGUCCUAAGUCAGUACUGAACGACAGCUUUGCUGUACCACAAGGAUGGAGCUUUGGGGACAAACUGUUAAUCAAAAUGGCUGGAAUAUUACCACCUAGGGGCCUCUGUAACUGAUGUAUUCAUCUGAAGGAUUACCUUAGGUACUUCUGAUUUCACUUUUCUCCAGUGUACUCUAACAAACAGAAAAAAUGGAAGCAGAUAAGGAUUUUUUUUUCAUCUUACCAUGGUCUGUCAGGGUCGAAGUAAGAUAUUGCAUCUGACUCAAACAGAGUAUAAUUUGUUUCCCCUUCUUGCACAGAUUUGAAUUCAGAUGCUGUGGGUGCAAGUGUGAGAGUUUUUAACUGUUGCUUGGAAACAGCUAUUAUAUGAAGGAUGUACUUAUCGUUUAGAAACAAUGAUGAGUGAAAGUUUGUUAACCCGUUGGAAUUAUCUGUAGUGCUCGUCAAAUUAGACCUAAAAUAUGAGCUGAUUUUUCCCUAUGUUAUAUUAUCAAUUCAAAACAAAACAACAAUGAAGGCACAGUUUUUCUGCACUUUGACAGAAUCACUGACUUUAAAA